UCAGUCCACAGCUUCAAAUCAUCCAAUCAGGUGUGAGUGAGAGCUGCUUUUCUACUGAACACACAAGUUGAUUUCCUCACUAUCACUGUGUCUGAACAGGAACGAUGAUCUCACUCUUUGUGGCGCUUUACUCUCUGCUUUGUCUCUGCACAGCUGUAAAAACAUCUGACAUCAAGGAGCUUCACGUGAGAACAGUAAAGAGUGGAGAAGAUGUAACUAUAGCGUGUGAUCUCAGUCUGAUCAGAGACAAAAGUAAAGUAGUCUGGUACAGACAGAGUUUUGGAAAAGUGCCUCAUUAUUUAGCAAAAUAUUACGGGAUAAAAGGUUACAAAUUUGCUGAAGGAUUUAAUAAUAGUCGCUUUAGUUUUACUGUAAAUGAUCAUCAGUUUGAUCUCAACAUUACGAACCUGAGAGAAGACGAUGGAGGAGAAUAUUUCUGUGGUGAAAUAGAGAUAUCACACUUUUAUACAAUAAAGUUCACAUCUGGAACACGUCUGCAAUUUGAAGGUAAACAGUUUGACUCUGAUAAGCUGCUAAUUCCAGAUCAACACUUUAACCAGUAUUAUGUGUACAUAUGCAUUAGAAGUUUAGUGUUCAGUGAACUCCAUUAUAUAUUUCAGCUCCUGAAAUGUUUUAAUAGAAUGUUAUUUUUCCAUCCAGAUUCCAGUUGUACUGAUCAGAUGCAUGUGCUCUUCUUGCUCUCUAUUGUUAGAGUUGGAGUUCUUGCCUUCAUGAUUAUUAUCUUUCCAAUCCUCCUGAUUGUUUGUAAAUUCAGAUCAAAUUAGAAAUUUAAUAUAGAAAUAGAAGAAAUAGUGAAAUAAGGACAAAAGCAUGUGUUGGAUUCAGUUCAUGAUAAUUGAUGAUGUUGGUUAUAUACUGGAAUGAUUUUGGUCUGACUGCAAUGUGGAGAUAUUUACAGCUGUAUGUAGAAAAAGAUUAAAACAAAUGCAUUUAAUAAAAUUUAAAUA